CCAGACAUUACCAAUCCCCAAACACCAAACCAAGACACCCCCCUCGACAUGCCAACGUUCUACCCUUCACUCACCGAAGACCUGAUAACCUGGCUGCAGACACAGCCCCUCUUCUUCACGGCUUCGGCGCCACGCUAUGGCAAGCACGUAAACCUCUCGCCGAAGGGCUACACCUCCCGCUCCUUUCGCGUGCUGAGCCCGAAUCAGGCCGCGUACCUUGACGCCACAGGCUCGGGCUCGGAGACUAUCUCGCACAUCUACGAGAACGGGCGAGUGACGGUGAUGUUCACGUCCUUCUCUGCGUCGCCGCGCAUACUCCGUCUGUUCUGCACCGGGCGGGUGGUGGAGGCCGAGAACGCGGAGUUCGAUGAUAUUGUGCAGUCGUUCGGCCCACGGGGGGAAGAAGAGGGGGGGGAGGGCAAGGGAGGGAUGAAGGGGGCUAGGGCUGUGGUCCUGUUGGAUAUUUUCAAGGUGCAGACGUCGUGUGGGUAUGGGGUUCCAAUUGCCGAGGGGGCCCCUACGGGCGGGGAGGAAGGGGGAGGGGGAGUGGAGGGGGAGGCACGGUUUGGGGAGAGGGAGACUAUGGAGAGGUGGGCUGAGAAGCAGAUCGAGAAGGGGAACUUGGAGACGUAUCGGGCAGAGUGGAAUUCUUCCUCGUUGGAUGGAUUGCCCGGGCUCAGGAGCGCGCGGAGGGAGAAGGGCGAAAGGGCUCUCUGGGUUGGGGAUUUGCUGGCUAGGGCGAAGAGAGUCGGACGUGAGUGGGAGGGGUUGCUGGUUGGGUUGGGAGUGGGUGUUGCGGUCGGGUUCGGAUUGCAGAGGUAUUUGGUGGGGAGGUAAGUAGUGUGGCGGUAGUACAUACUUAGUAGGCAUGUUCUGCCACUCGGGAGCUGGGAGGAGGAGCUUUGUCGGAAAUAGCCACACAAGCACGUACUAGUACAUUAGCACACGCCAGCUGAAUGCACUAGCACUAAAAAAUUUCUUCUUUUAUAUUUUCCUCUUUACCUCCGAUAUCUUUUCACUUCAUCGAGCAAUCGACAAACUUCUCCUCUCUUUAAACCCCCUUUUCUCCUGACUCGGUGCAACCUCCAGUUUGACCAUUUCCCAUUUCCCAUUUCCAGCAAGGAAGGUGUGAUGGAGAAGAUCCAGUUGAAAUGCCAACCAGCUGUUAGGAUUUACUCGAUAAUACUUUCAUAUAUAGCGCGUAGAGAAAUCUACAGAUGAUUGUCGUUAUUAGGGAAUUCCUUCUAGCGCAUCUACGAUACCUAGUGACACAGCUGACUAAUAGCAUGCCUACCCUCCGCGUUACAGUCCCGCAAUACCCCCUCUUCUACGCCCCAAGCCGACAAUACGACCCCCAAACAGUUUCCCCAACGCCAGCACCACACUCCCAGCCGCGAAUCGCUGGAUCAACAGCACCUAUGCAGCACGGUAGACCAACGAACGUAUCACACCAUAUGUCAGCUGUAGAAGCCAGGCAAAAGCUUCUGGGGGGGGGUUGUGAAAGCUGUAGUGGUCGACGAUGGUGAUGUAGGGGGAGGAGAGGUAUCAUAGUUGUAACGACUAAUGAACGUAUUGGACAAAGUGAACCACUUUGUAGGA